AUGUCAUCUCCCACUUACAUCCCCCGACGUCCCCCAUUCCGAGCUGAACACAUUGGCUCGCUCCUCCGCCCAAAACCCAUCACCAACCGCCGCCUCCAACUGGACGGUCUGGACGCUCUCUCUAUCGCGCAAGACAUGACCCUCCGCCAACUCGAAGAUGUCGCCAUCGUCAACACUGUCAGACUGCAACGCUCUCUCGGCUACCACGCGGUGACCGAUGGGGAGUACCGGCGUCACCAGUUCUGGGGAACCUUUUUCCCUGGUCUGGAAGGAUUCACCGAGAUACGGAAACCCCCUAUGCAUAUUUUUAGGUUAUAUGUGCCUGAUUUGGCCGCUUUUAGUGAAUCGGUUGUCUGCACCGGGAAGAUCCGGCAUAUAGGCAGUACCUACCUGAGGGAAUGGAAUUAUCUCAAGGAGCUUCUCCCUCCGGAGAUGGUCCCAAAGGCCAAGAUUACGCUGCCUGCGCCCGAAUGGUACCACCUGCGGUACAAGACAGGCUACGCCUACCCAGCGGAUGUUUAUGCCAAUGAUGAGGAGUACUUUACUGACAUUGCGACCGUCUAUCACUUCUGCGACACCCGUCUUACCAAAGGCCUCCGAAACGACCAUACUGCCCCAGACCCCGACGCUCUCCUCUCCGCCUACAUCUCUCUCUACAACAGGAUCCUUACCCCUCGCCCCGGCGGCCCCGACCUGCACAUCGGUGUGCAUCUCUGCCGCGGUAACUUCGCCUACAGCAGGCACUUUAGCAGCGGAGGGUACGGUCAAGUCGCUCCCGUGCUCUUCACCCAGCUGGACGUCGACACGUACUAUCUGGAGUAUGACACACCCCGGGCAGGUGACUUUUCACCUUUGGCUUGGCUGCCUCGGGACAAGAACGUAGUCAUUGGCUUGGUGACGAGCAAAUGUGGACAGUUGGAAGAUCUGGAGCAGUUGAAGAAGCGAGUUUUGGAGGCAGCAGACUGGGUCGGAAAGCAAUCAGGGCAAACUCGAGAAGAGGCCCCGAAGCGGAUGGGAUUUAGUCCACAGUGUGGGUUUGCGAGUCAUCAUUUGGGAAACUCCUUAACAUGGGAGGACAUGGUGGAGAAACUGAAGUUGGUGAGGAGGUUAACAGAUGAUAUCUGGCCGGGAGAGCCUUGA